AUGGGUGCAAUAUUCAUGGCCAUCAUCAUCCCGCUGUACAUGGCCUUUGCUGUACAAGCUGCGCUGACAAAUGCUAUCAUCGAAGUCGUCAAUGAGAAGGAAUCCAAGAUGAAGGUCACGCAGGAAAUCUAUGGGCUAACGCCGCUGAUGUAUUGGGUCUCCUGGGCAGGUUACUUCGGCAUCGUUUCCCUCGUGUGCAUGGUGCUGCUCUACUGUUUGUUUACCCUCGCUGCACCGGUGGUUUCAAACUCGAACCCGCUCUUCGUGCUCUAUGUGAUGGCACUGUCGUACAUGCAGCAACUGGAGUUUGCUGCCAUCAUCGCCGUGUUCUUCAACAGGACCCAGGCGGCAUCAAGCGCAGCCAAUUUCUUUGGCUUCAUCCUUCUUCUCGGCGCAGUUGGGCUUCAAGGUUUUCUACGAGGUUUACCGAAAAUCUUGUGGUACCUCGCCGGACUCCUCCCCAGCGUCAACGUCUUCAAUGGCUUUGCGGGCCUCCUUUGGAAUGAGGCACUGUACUACUGCGAUGCGGAGGGCUGCACCAAGGGCCUCACCAUGCGCUCCCUAUUUGCCAGCGAGCUUCUUGUACUCUAUCUCGCCUCGGAAACCCAUGCCCUACAAAAGACGGUUUGCAGCUCGGUAAAUAUAUGCCAAACGGCCCUAAGUCCUGAACCAUGA